UCCGAACCGAUUCGAUCAGUCGGGGGGAGGUGUGACUUGCACGACUUGCUCUCGCUGCCUCGGACACUCGAGUCACAAAUUGCUAACAAACGGAAUGUCGGCACAGGAUAUAAGAUCUGAGGAGAUCGUACCAGUAGCACCUCUACCCAUCCCAGUCUGAUCUACCGGAAAAGAAGAAUCGGAGCCAAAAUGCCGUCUUUCUUCAAGUAUCAGAUUGUGGAUGCUUUCACCUCGAAGCCGUUUAGCGGAAACCCGGCUGCUGUUGUCAUUCAAGACGGAGAUGAAGCGCCAAAAGAGCUCAGCGAUGCUCAAAUGCUCAACAUUGCCAAAGAAAUGAACUUGUCGGAAACGGCAUUCAUCACACCUACGGAAGAAUCUGACGUAUUCGGCCUGCGCUGGUUCACCCCUGGUACCGAGGUCGCCCUCUGCGGACACGCAACCGUCGCAGCCACCGCCGUCCUCUCCUCGCACCACAAGUACAGCUCGGUGGAGAAAUACCGGUUUCAGACCCAGUCCGGAGAACUGGUCACUAAGAAGAUCCCUAGAUCGGACGGAUCCCCGGCUUUCGAGUUGGAUUUCCCGGCUACCGUGCCCGAGGUUGUCAAGGGCGCUCUGGAGGAUGAAGCGUAUAUGGCCCCUUUGAAGGCUGCUAUGGGGGACAAGGUCAAGGCGGUCAAGCAGAUCUUGAGGAGCAAGUUCGACGUGAUUGUCGAGGUUGACGUCGAGGAGGGAGAUCAUCUUGGAGACUGGGCGAUCGAAUCGAGCCCCCUCGCUGCCAUCCCUGCUCGAGGCGUGAGCUUUACUACUGUACUCGCCCAGACGGACAGAACUGAGGCGCCAGAAUUCCACUCGCGAUUCCUUGGACCUCUUUGUGGAGUAGCUGAAGACCCGGUGACCGGCUCCCUACACUGCGCCCUGGCCCCACUGUACUCGCAAAAAUUCGGCAAAGGCGACGCCGAGCUGUUCGCAACCCAAGGUGGUCCCCGACGAGGCGAGAUCAGCGUCGUAUGGGACGAAGCAAGAGGAAGGGUCUUGUUGAGAGGCCAGGCGGUCCUGAUGGCCAGCGGGCAAAUGGUUCAGCCUUGAUCAAGCAGAACACCACACGUUCGAGCUGU